AUGUCUGUAAUUUUACCAUCAUUACAACAACAACAACAACAACAACAAAUUCAACAAAUUGAAAAACAACCAAAUCAAUUCACAGGAUUACCUAAAGGAAUAGCAUUAUAUAAUUUUUUCUCAACCGAUGAAGAAGAAUUAACAUUGGAAGAAGGUGAUAUUAUAGAUAUUAUAGAGGAAGCAGAUGAUGGAUGGUGGAAAGGUGUUAAAAUUUGUGGAAAUAUUGAAUUAAAUAAAGAAGGUAUUUGUCCUUAUAAUUAUAUAAAAAAGUUAUCAACUUUGGAUUUUUAUCAACUUUGUGAAGGAAAAUCUCCGAGAUUACAAUAUGUUCACAAUAUUUUAAAAUUAUCUCAAUCUAAAGAAAAUAAUAUACAAAAACAACAACAACACCAACAACACCAACAACAACAACAAGAACAAGAACAAGAAGAGGAAGAGCAACUACAUCAAAAAUAUCAAAAUUAUAAUGGUAAUCAAUUUAAAGAUAGUACACAUAUAAUAGCAUCAUUAUCAGAUCCAUUAGAAAAAAGAGGAUCAGGACGUAAUAGUGAUUUUUUAGAUCAACAAAUGGAAGAACAAAGAGAACAAGAUGAAUUAUUAAAAUUACAAAGAGAACAAAUUGAAGAAAGAAAUAAACAAAAUAAUAGUGGUGGUAGUGGUGGUAUAACAAUUAGGUUAAAUGAUAUAGCAAAAGAAGGUUUUUUAAUUAAAAAAGGUCAUAUAAGAAGAAAUUGGAAUGUUAGAUGGUUUCAAUUAAAAAGAAAUAUUUUAACUUAUUCUAAAACUCCAAAUGAUAUUAAAUUAAGUGGAACAAUUAUAUUAUCACCAGAAUCUGAAAUUGAUAUUGCUACAAAUAUGAAAAGAACAAAUUGUUUUCAAAUUAAAAAUCAAAGUUUUAUUUUUUAUUGUUCAUCUCAAUCUCAAAGUGAUAUGGAGUCUUGGAUAACUGCUUUGAAUACUGCAAAGAAUGUACAUUAA